AUGCGCAGCUUGGUCAGUCAGCUUGACGAGCUCGAGAUCCCGACCUCUAGGUCUGGGCCUGGGCUGGAGAAGUUGAGGUCCGAUAUGGCGAAGAUGGGCUUCCUGGAUCUGCUGCUAGGCUACGGCUUGGCAUACGUCUUGCGUGGUCUCAAAUGGGUGUUCCUCCGAAUUCUGGAGUACUACUCUGGGAUACUGUUUCUCACGACAAAUCGCGUGGGUACCUUGGACCCUGCGUUCAGAUCAAGAAUCCACGUCACACUUUACUACCGCAAGCUGAACAGAAAGCGGGCCAUCAUGAUCUGGAAGACAAACAUUAGGAGACUCCACAAGCCAAACGAAGACCGUGCUGAACAAGGUCUGAAAACAGUCGAAUUUGACGAGAAGAGUAUCGUCAAGUACGCGGAGAAGCACUUGGCGGAUCUGAAGUGGAACGGCAGACAGAUUCGCAAUGCCUUCUAG